UCCACUUUCUGACACGUGUGUCCUAAGCCUGGCACAUAAGAGAGAGGGAGAUAGAGGUGAGUCUAUUAAAUAUAGCACAGGGCACCGGGUUGGCAGCAAGGCAGAUCAACUCUCAGACCGAGCUUCUCUGAGCAGAUCACACUUUUGGACUUUUAUGAGUUCCGGUAAGCCGCAGAAGCCAGUGCUGACAGGCCAGAGGUUCAAGACCAGAAAGAGGGAUGAAAAGGAGAAAUUUGAGCCGACCCUUUUCAGAGAUACUAUUGUCCAGGGCCUCAACGAAGCUGGCACGGACCUGGAGGCCGUGGCCCGGUUCCUGGACGUGUCGGGGUCACGGCUGGACUACCGGCGUUAUGCCGACACUCUGUUUGAUGUCCUCAUCGCAGGGAGCAUGCUGGCCCCAGGAGGGACCCGCAUCAACGAGGCCGACCAGAACAAGGUGACGGCCCACUGCGUCUUCACCAGUGAAGAGAAGCAUUCCUCCAUACGCCUCUACGCUCAGGUUUUCCAUAAGCUCAUAAGGAGAUACAAAUACCUGGAGAAGGCUUUUGAAGAGGAAAUUAAGAAGCUGUUGCUCUUCCUCAAAGCCUUCACAGAGUCUGAGCAGAACAAGCUAGCCAUGUUGACGGGGGUGCUGUUGGCCAACAAUGAUCUCCCCCCGCCCAUCCUUGUUGGCUUGUUCAGCGAGGGAAUCGUCAAAGAAGGGAUCUCAGCAUGCUUCGCUGUGAAGAUGUUCAAGGCGUGGAUAGCAGAGAAAGACGCCAACUCGGUGACCAUGGCCUUGAGGAAGUCCAGCCUGGACAAGAGGCUCCUGGAGCUUUUCCCGGCCAACAAGCAGAGCGUGGAGCACUUCUCCAGGUACUUUGACCAGGCGGGGCUCAGCGAGCUGUCCGAGUUUCUCCGCACGCAGCGCUGCCUGGGCACGCGCAAGCAGCUGCAGAAGGAGCUGCAGGAGAAGCUUUCCCAGGACUGCCCCAUCCCAGAGAUCGUUGUGUACGUGAAGGAGGAGAUGAAGAGGAACGGGCUGCUGGAGCCGGCCGUGAUAGGCCUGCUCUGGGCCUGUCUGAUGAACGCCGUGGAGUGGAACAAGAAGGAGGAGCUGCUCACGGAGCAGGCGCUCAAACACCUGAAGCACUAUGCCCCCCUGCUGGCAGUGUUCAGUACUCAGGGCCAGUCGGAGCGGGUCCUGCUGCUCAAGGUGCAGGACUUCUGCUACGACAACAUCAACUUCAUGAAGGCCUUCGCCAAGAUAGUCGUGCUCUUCUACAAAGCCGAUGUCCUGAGUGAGGAAGCCAUUCUGAAGUGGUACAAAGACGGCCACUCGUCAAAAGGAAAAAGCAUCUUCUUGGAACAGAUGAGGAAGUUUGUUGAGUGGCUGCAGAAUGCGGAAGAAGAAUCGGACUCUGAAGGGGAGGAGGCCAAGUGACAGAACAUGGCACCCAGGCGUUGGUUCCAAUAUGGUCUAUGAAGCCAGCUGGCCUGUAGAUUUCAUAUCGCGCACACACACACACACACACACACACGCACACAUGCACACACACACACACACACACACACACACACACACACACACACACACACACACACACCAUUUAUAUAGCAGACAAAUUCGUCAAUAGCUAAUUUUCAGACUUAUUUUCAGGCAUACAUAAUUACCCAACAUCCUAACAACUAUGAGAUACGUUUGAAAUAUGCCAAAUGCUUUGAAAGAAUAAAGUGUAUCCAUGCCCUUGUCUUAUUGUCAAUGUGUGGUUGAAAAUAUUUCACAAAAUAAUAUAUUCAUUCAAUGUUUGGAUUGGAUUGAUAAAACUUAAAUGUAAAAGUACCAACCAUCAUAUUGGCCUGCUAUCUUGCUAUGCAUUUUUUGUACUUUUGAAAAUGUCAGAAUGAAUUCAGUGAAUCAACCUCCAACCUUGAUGUGUUCCCUAGUUCUGAAAUAAAGCAAAGAGAUCCUA